CCAGAUGGUGGCGGUAAUGCUCCUCUAAGCUGGUUUACCAACCAACAACAAACACCAAAGAAGAAGCAGGAGGAGAUGCAUCGUUUCCGGUGAAGAUGGCGCUGAGCAGAGCAGCGUGUGUGUGGAGGACAUGUAGCGGGUUGGUGACCGGUCACCGGCUGCUGCUGCCCGCUGCUGUCCGGACACAGAGCUCCGGGAGCGGGCAGCUGCUGCCGCGGACCUCGCUGUCCAGUCCCCCGUGGCCGGAGCUCCUGGUCCCGCUGGAGGAAGAGGAGAGCCGGCUGGAGGAGCAGCACGCCGCCGUGGUGAGCACCGUGAACCGGAGGAUCCUGCAGCGGGACUUCGGUCGCCUCUUCGCGGUGGUGCACUUCUCCGGCCGCCAGUGGAAGGUCACCGCGGAGGACCUGGUCCUGCUGGAGAACCGCCUGGAGGCGCAGUGCGGAGAGCGGAUCCGGAUGGAGAAGGUGCUGCUGGUCGGAGCGGAGGACUUCACCCUGCUGGGCAGACCUCUGCUGGACCGGGACCUGGUCCGGGUCGAGGCCACCGUCAUCGAGAGGACCGAGUCCUGGCCCAAAGUCCACAUGAGGUUCUGGAAGAGACACCGCUUCCAACGCAAGAGGAUCAUCAUCCAGCCGCAGACCGUGCUGAGGAUCAACAGCAUCCAGCUCAACCCAGCACUCACCUGAGGAAGACUCACCUGAACCCAGCACUCACCUGAACUGAUCAGAACCUGAUCACACUCACCUGAGGAAGAACAUGAUGGUGAUGAAGAAGAGGGGACUAUUUCACACACAGACUGUUUGUUUUCAGUGAAUAUAAAUAUGUAUGAAUUAUUAUUUUUAUUAUUACUAAUAAUAAUGGGUUAUUAAUAAUAAUAAUA